GUGGUGAAUGUCGACCAGGUAUAAUUGGGCGAUGUAAUGAUAACAGCCAAUGAUAUAUGAAAGUCAACCCGUUUGACUACUUCUAUGCAUAUUGUUAGCAGGUGUAACAAACUCAUCUUACAUAAAGACGUCUGGUCCACUGAGUUGUAACAACUAAUAAGGCUUCAAUUCUAUUUUGUUAUGAAAUCUAUUUGAAUCAGAGAUAUUUUAUGUUUAUCUACUAUUUAUAAGAUUUACUGUUAAAGACUACGAUAAAACAAGAUAAUUCACAAUGGCCCAAAACCGAAUGGCGGAAUCUGAUUAUCAGAUACUAAGAAGGAAUUAUUCAUAUUUAUUAGAGAAUUUACAAGCUAAAAAUAUAACAGCACAUCUCUUCCAAUAUGGCGUCAUAGAUCACGACGAUCUGGAGGAAAUUAAUCUUAAAGAAGAAAAUAAAGGACGAAAAGCCGGGGUUGAAAUUCUGAUAAGAAAAUUACGAUGGUGUGCUGGGGAUUCGUUUAACCUGUUUAUUAAAAGUCUGGAAGUAAAUGGCUACCAUGAAGUAGUCCAGACUUUAAAGACAGACGAUAAAUUAGGUGAAACUCAAGCAGAAACUACUAGAAAAACUUUACCUCUUGAACAAGACAAACAAUAUUGUAGAAAACACAAGAAUGAAGAAAUAGAAGUUUACUGUAUGGAUUGUAACCAACCAUGUUGUGUGGUUUGUCGCCAAGUAUGUCACAACAACCAUAAACUAACUGAUUUACAUGAAGCUGAAGAAAACUGGAAAGGUCAAUUCCUUAAACUUAAAACAGAAUCUGAUAAAAAGAUAAAACAACUACAAGAACAUUCUGACUAUUUAAAGGCUAAAAUAUCUGACCUUAACAACUCUUGUCAGACCGCGUGUGAUAAUGUUGACAACAAUGUUAAAAACAUUUGUGAUCAAGUAACCGUGUUAGGAAGUGGAAUAAAAGAUGAUAUUAUCAAAGUGAAAAAUGACGAAAUUAUGGAAUUAAACAAUUUCAUACAGGAAGCUGGCAGGAUGACAUCUAAAAUGAAAGAUUGGUGGGAUUAUUCUGAUCGUAUGUUACUACAAAGUUCUUUAAUUACAUGCCUGGACAAACAUUCACUGGCCGACGUCCAGGCAAAAACAAAUCACGAUAUAUCAUCAUAUGUACAAACCCCUGUGAUACGACAUCCAUUUUAUGACAUGGUGAAGAUUGACGUAGAAUCAUUAAAACAACAAAUGAAUAAAAUGACAAUCAUGGAUAGUCCAACUUUUACCAGUAGUUUUAAUGUAAAUCAGAUACUGGAGACAGACGUUUACUACCAGGUUGGUGAUGUAAUGAUACAAGGAAUGCCAUGGUAUGUAAUUGUUAAACGUCUUACAGAUACACAAACAUUGGGUGUUCACCUAUGGUUGAGGAAGGUAGAGGAUAAAACAGUUAAAGCUGUUACAGUUGAUUAUACAUUUAAACUGUUAAAUAUAAACAAUGUUAGUAAACAUAUAGUAUAUAGAGAUACAGGAACAUCAUAUAAACCUGGUGAUCCAGGAUGGGGUUGGGAUCGCUUUAUAGACUGGGAUACACUCAUUAAUCCUGAUAAUGGUUACCUUGACGACAGCGGUAUGUUCACACUACAAACAACUGUAAAAAUAAAUAAAAUAGAUAGAAAUUAAUCUGAACAUACAAACUAAAUAAAACGUGAUAUUAACUCGUACGUGAUAUUCAGUUAGAUGGAAAUUUUAUGUGAACCGGAAAAAAGAAAAAGAAAUUAUGUGAACGCAGAUAAGACGUGUUGUUUAUUGUAACAUCAAGUUAAGACUAACAAACUCAAUCAAUCGGCUCAUGUUGAUAGCAAGGACAGUUGCCUAGUCAUUCGGAUGAUACAAAAAACCGAAGUCCCUUGUAUACAUUGAUGUGCUCGUAAAAGAUUCCUUGACAGUUAGAAUUCGAUAUAAGAGUAGGUCAUAGUGCCACUGCCCGGUCGACAUUUCCACCAUAGCACACUGUUUGGUGUAUGCCCGUCUUCAUUAGCCCUGAUGGUACGGAACAGUAGGACGUUAAACCCCAUUUCAUUUCAUUUCAUUUUAUGUUGAUAGAGAAUAUUUCCAGCCAAACGGCUCGAAAUUCUCAUUUGCUGUUAAAAUGGAGAAAUGAGAAUGUCGUGAUUAAGUAUGUUUUGAAUAAGUUUAUUUCAGAGCAAAUUUAUAUGAUGAAAUGACACUAACAUUAGGUUACAAUGUUCCUUCGUAUAGUCCCGGUGCGUCUUUUCAGCGCUACUUGAACCACAUGCAGUAUUUACAGAGAUAUAUGGAAUUCAGAUUUCAUCGAUUUAUGCAAUACCCCCAUCGCCAAGUUGUUGUCCGCGACAAUUCAUUGAUUGGUUGGAUUUUUUUUUUAAUGGAUCCAAACCGGGACAUUAUCAGACGUCAAUAUUAGAUAAUAAAUCAUAGUACAUAUUAGAUAAUCAAUCAUAGUAAGAUAAUCAAUCAUAGUACAUAUUAGAUAAUCAAUCAUAGUACAUAUUAGAUAAUCAAUCAUAGUACAUAUUAGAUAAUUAAUCUGAGUACAUAUUAGAUAAUCAAUCAUAGUACAUAUUAGAUAAUUAAUCUGAGUACAUAUUAGAUAAUCAAUCAUAGUACAUAUUAGAAAAUUAAUCUGAGUACAUAUUAGAUAAUCAAUCAUAGUACAUGUUAUAUAAUCAAUCUGAGUACAUAUUAGAAGUUGCAAGAAAGACGCAAGAAAUUUGAUAUUUUAGGGAAAAUGAGCCAUUGUAACAUUAAAUCUGGUUAUUUUAUGACACUAAAAUAAAAUAUAUAUUUUGUAUACAUGUAUUUUAGCAUUAUUUUGUAAAUCAUCUUCCAGUAUAAUAUUUUUGCAUCAC